GCACUCAACUCAAAGCCUGUGAUAUAUUACAAUAAACCAUAUCUUCAUGUGAUCAACUUUCAAAAGGCACAUUAAAUGCCUUUGCCCAAUUGCACAAAAUAUGCCUAUAUAAAACCCUAUCCCUCUUCUCUUCUCAUUUCACUUCCAUUCUUCUAUACAAAAAAAUAAAAAAAAUAAAAACAUGAAGACUUUCACAUUAUUUCUCAUUUUCAUCCUCCUCAUACAGGUUUUAUCCAAUGCUGCUGCUGAACAGAUAGAGGCAGGCAAUGAAGGUGCUCUUCACAAAAAAAUUCACCCAAUUAAGAGGAUACACUGCGGAUACGCAUGUGCGAGGAGAUGCAAGAAGUCGUCAAGAAAGAAGGUGUGCAUGAGGGCAUGCAAGACAUGUUGUGCAAGAUGCAAGUGUGUUCCACCAGGCACUUAUGGAAACAAGGAAGUUUGCCCUUGCUAUGCUAGGCUUAAGACUCAUGGCAACAAACCUAAGUGCCCUUAAUUAAUUAAUAUUUUUUUAAAAUUAAGAAAAAGCAAUGCAUAUUAUUUAUUAAAUAAAUGCUUAGAUUUUAAUUAA